AAUAGGCGUAGUUGAUAAAAAUGGGCGCGUUUAAAUUACCAGUCAGUUCGCUGUCGUUCGGACACAAACUUCAGGUUAGGUAUUUUAAAGUUUUAACAGAACUAAAAUCUCUGAACUUGAAAUUGAAGAUUCUCAAAAUGUCGAUUUUUGCGGGUAAUUUUAGCUUCAAAAUCUCAUCCACACUUCAGUUUCGAGUUUUCUCCUUUCCCUGGGUGAAUGGCAACAAGGCAAUCUUUUGUUUGAAAGAGAAGGAAUAUAGUUCAUCAGUUCCAGUAAGGUAUAUACCAAAGAAAUCUUUGGAAACUGAAGAGCCCGAAACUUCUUCACAUUCAAAGGGUUUGAGUAAGAAUGAAUCUCGUAAAAGCGCUGCUUCGAAUGUAUUUGGUAGAAAGUUUACAAACAAUGAAGACAGUGUUAUUGAUAAAAAGUCACAAACACAAAGCGGAAUGUUCAAGAAAAUUGCAUUACAUGAUGAUGUUCAACAAGGUGAUGAAAUAAUGGUGAAACCUGUAGAGGUGGUUGAGGAGGUGCCUCAAGGACAAAACAUGAACAGAAAGAAUUCGUUACAAGUUUGCAAGAGAAUGUCAGAUGCUGAGAAGUCGGCAAUUGAAUUACUUGCAGCAAGAGCAUUUACCGCAGUUGAACUGAGAAAGAAACUGCUUGGCAAGAGAUUUGAUCUGGAUAUUGUCGAGACAUUGAUUACUGAUUUACAAAAUAGAGGGUUGAUCAAUGAUAGUUUGUAUGCGGAAGCAUUUUCUCGAUCUAGAUGGUCUUCAUCAACCUGGGGACCAAGGAGAAUCAAGCAAGCAUUGUUCAAGAAGGGUAUAAGUGAAGCUGAUGCAGAAAAUGCGUUAAAACUAGUUUUCGAGGGCCGGGAUAGUGACUCAAAUGAUGAUCAGGAAUCCCGACUUGGCUUUUCAAAGCUUUCAAUGGAUCACCUAUUAAUUCAGGCCUCGAAGCAAUGGCUUCGAGGUCGAGAUGUUCCCAAAGAGACACGGAAGUCAAGGAUUGUUCGGUGGCUUCAGUAUCGCGGUUUCAACUGGGGUGUUAUUGGUUCUGUUUUAAAGAAGUUGGAAUCUCAGUAUCCUUCCUAAAGGCACCAAAAGCUACUCAGUUAUGGUUCAGCACCCAGGUUGGAGCAUUAUAUCAUUAUGGGACACUUAUUUUGUUUUUCUAUGUAUAUUCGAUGUAUAAUUAUCUUGCCACUUAUGUUCGACUUUAUAUCCGACAUUUAUGUUUGACGUUUUUAUUCGGGUAUGAGAUAUGAUAUAACCCGUAUUCGAUUCUUAUAUCCGAGUUUGAAGUUUGUUAGUAGCAUGUGCUGUGCAGAUUAGGACAUACAGAGUGUUCCAAACUUAGGUUAGGCUUUUGCAUUGCUGAAAGUAAUGUCAUUUUCAGACAGCACAUGGACAUGUGAUGUAGGGAAGAUGGGACCACGUGAGUUGAGCUAGGUUUGGAGACACAGAAUCUCAUUCUUGUAAUAAAAUUCUAAUUGCUUAAAUCCAACACUAACAAUCGAAUUCAAAUUAAACCAAAUAGGUUUUUGGUUUUACUGUUGGUUACAUAUGCUAAUAUUCUACAUAAGGUGAAAGCUAAGUACUUAAUUAUUACAAUCUACAAACAUAGCUGCAACUCGAAAACCCCAUCUUCAAAAUUGGAGCGAAUCAUCGGAGAAAGUAAACGAGCAGUUCGAUGAUCCAUCUGCAACCACUAUUUUGGAUGGUGGUGAUUGUGUUAAGGCUCCCUUUGAAACGUCAGUUUCAAACCUUAAUGCUUCAAGAUGACGGAUUUCUUUGAGCAUUGCAACGACAUCUUUCAUUAUCGGUCGAUCUUCAGGUCGGGUGCUAACACAAAGGAACGAUACAGCUAAUGUCUGCAACGUUUCAUGCAUGGCAG